AUGCAAAGAAAUAUUUUAUUCAGUUUAAUAUUUUUAAUAAUUUUAAUCAGUCAUCAAUUAUUUGCUGAAUAUCAGUCAUUUGAUGAAGCUUUCUAUGAAAGUGAUUUACGACCAAAUGAGGAAGAAUUUUAUGAUGAAUCGGAUCUAUUAUCCAAUCAACUGGCCGAACCUGAUUUUGUGUUGAAAAUGCUUCGAGAUGUUGCUGGACCAAUGGAUGAAAAUUACGAUUACCAUGAAGAUGGUACUAAGACCAAAAAAGAAAGCAAUAAUGAUUAUGAUGCCUAUGGAGGAGGUGAAAGUGCUGUACCAGAUUAUGGUGAAAUUAAUAACAAUUAUAAUGAUAUUGAAAAAGAUGCUGGACCAGGACCUGUCGAUUAUAGUGACCAAUUAAAUUAUUAUUAAUUAUUAAAAAUAAAUUAUGAAUAAAAAUUAUCAUAA